UCUUACAUUCUCCCCAGAACAACAGCUUGACUAAUCAAAAUUGUACAUUAUAUUUCUAAAAAAUCAAGAUGAAUUACCUGAUUCAACGCGGAAAAAUGCGCCAACAGGCGAUAAAUGUACCGGAGGGUCUGCCGGAACUUCUAUCUGAUAUUACCCGGGAGGUUCUACGAUGUCAACCGAGGAAGGAGUGUCUCUGCCAAUUCAUCAUUGACUAUCUGCACUCUGUGAUUGUGACCAGGGAAAAGGCACUGGUGGCCAAGACCAUUUUGGACAGGGCUCUGCGACAGGUGGACAGCAUAAUAUCGGACCUCUGUGUCUGCGAUCUGUCCAAGGAGAAGUCCGAGUUGAUGGGCCAGGUUUUGGAGGACUGUUUCCGCAACUUCCUUGAGAAACGGCGCUGCGAGAUGAGGCGCGGAAAGCAGACUAUAAACUUCGAGGACGUCGAUAUCCUGGAGGAGCUGCUGCUGAAGUGCAAGUUCUCCGACGAGGAGCUCAUCAUGUCACGGCCGGCCAUCGAGAGUGCCUACAAGCGCUUCAUGGAGGCCUACAUGUCAGCGGAUCGUGGUGCCGAUGGAACCGAGUUGCUGUACCAGUACUUCCGCGAUCGGGAGCUGAAGAGGAUUAAUGAGGCGAUGCGUCAACAGGCGGCCAUCACCAUUCAGGCUGCCUGGCGUGGCUUUUGGGUCCGUCACCAGUUUCCCCAGGAAGUGUGCGUCUGCGUCUGCGCGGCGGAGAAGGAGGACGACGAGGAGGAGAAUCGCAGGCAAGCGGCAGCAAGCGUUCUUCAACGAUUCUUCCGCAAGGUUAUGCUACGCGUUGCGACGAAACCCAUCGCAGAUCCUUGUGCGGAUCCCACGGAUGUUACGGAAGUUACGGCAGCGACCCCUUCACCGGAAACAGCUAAGAGUGCAUAUGAUGAUGUCACUGUUGUGACGACAGCGGCGGCAACUGCUGCGGGAACUGCCGCCCCAAGUGUUCCUCCGACUGCUCCGGCAACUGCGCCUGCUACUGCGCCUGCUACUGCUCCAGCAACUGCUCCUGGAACUGCUCCUGGAACUGCUCCGGCCACGGCUCGACCGUCGGACACAGCUUUGGCAGAGCCUGCGGAACAGGCUGCUGAAGCUCCUCCACCGGAGGCGGCAGCAGAAGCUCCCGUGGAGGCGGCACCACCUGCAGAACCCGAAGAGGCUGCACCUCCUGCCGAAGAGUCUGCACCACCAGCCGCCGAGGAGGCUGCACCACCUCCCGCUGAAGAGGAUGCCCCACCAGCCGCUGAAGAGUCAGCUCCUCCACCCGCCGAGGAGGCCGCACCACCAGCUGAAGAAGCCCCCGCCGAAGAAGCCGCCGAGUAGAUGAAACCAUAUAUUCGUUUUUAGUUUUCCCUUAAUUGUUAAACAGAUUUUGCCUGCAUGUAAAUAAACCGAUCAGUAGAA